CCUAUCCUUGAAUGGCUGCCCAAGUACACGUUGAACAUGUUCAUAAGCGACUUGCAGGCUGGUCUGGUUGUAGGGUGUAUGCUGAUCCCUCAAGGCAUGGGGUAUGCCGAUGUUGCUGGUUUGCCGUACGUGGUCGGUCUCUACAGCGGAUUCGCUCCUCUUCUCAUCUACUGCUGCACUGGAACUUCACGCCAGAUGGGGCUCGGCCCUGUUGCCAUCGUGUCGCUCCUGGUAGCUGAGGGGGUACCGGCUUGCAACAAGUUAUGCCCGUUGCCUGAUGGCAGCCUGCCUGCUGACACGUGGCCAUCCUGCAACGCUGACUGCAAAGGAGCCGUGUACAACCCCGCGUACUGGCAGUACGCAACGUGCAUCGCGAUGAUGUCUGGGAUGAUUCAGGUCGUGUUCGGCCCCCUGCUGGGGUUCGUGAUGAACUUCGUGCCCCACCCUGUUAUCUCAGGCUUCACGUCAGCUGGAGGGCUGAUCAUCGCGAUGUCACAGCUCAAGGACAUCAUGGGGUACAAGAUCCGCAAAGGGACGCUGCAGCUGGGCAUCUACGACUUCUUCGCACAUAUCGAGAAUACACACGGGACGACGUGCGUGAUGGGGGUGAUUGCGAUCAUCUUCCUCUACUUCAUGCGCAAGCUCGGGCAGGGCAAGGUUCUCUUCUUCCCCAAGGUUAAGGUGACGAGGAAGAUGAGGAUCUUCGGGAAGCUGCCUUGGCCUUUCAUCGCCGUGAUCCUCUACACGGGCAUCACUUACGGCCUUCGGCUCAACGAGCGAGGGGUGAAGAUUACUGGGAAAGUCCCUGGGGGGCUGCCCAAGUUCAGCUUCCCACCGAAUUUCUUUGCAGCAGUUCCCAAGUUGAUAUCGAUCACGAUCCAGAUCGUCAUCAUCGGCUACCUCGAGUCGAUCGCGGUGGAGACGAAGUUCGCCACGAUCCUCAAGUAUCCAGUCAGGCCUACCCAGGAGGCGAUCGCGCAAGGGGCAGCGAACAUCAUGGGGGGGCUGACGUUCUGCUACCCUGUGGUAGGAAGCUUCAGCAGAUCAGCAACUAACGCCUCCUAUGGCUCUCAGAGUCCCAUGUGCAACUUCAUCACCGGGAUCGUGAUCAUGCUCACCCUCCUCUUCCUCACCAACCUCUUCCAGUUCAUGCCCCUGAACAUCCUGGCUGCCAUUGUCAUCGUCGCUGCCAUCAGUCUUGUGGACCCGUCAGAAGCUCUGUUCCUGUGGAAGUCAUCCAAGAAGGAGUUCGCUCUCCUGCUCAUCACCUUCGUACUCACAGCCUUCGCUGCUCUCGAGCUCGGCAUCUAUGUCUCCAUCGCCCUCUGCGGAGCCGAAGUCCUCUUCAAGUCGACUCGUCCCAAGGUUGCUGUGCUC